AAGCAAAGUAUCCGAAGCCAACGGCGGAGUAGAUCACUCCAUGGUGGAAACACGUGUCGUUGGAGGAAAUACAUACGAAGUCGUUGAAGGGAAGGUUGAUUGGAGGGGACGACCUGCUUUGCGACGGCGACAUGGCGGUGUUGGCAAUUCGUUCUUCAUUCUUGCGAAUUUCGGGCUUGAGAACAUGGCCUCGUUGUCUCUGGCCGUGAACCUGAUCCUGUACUUCAUGUUCGUCAUGCACAUCGACCUUGCCGAGGCCUCCAACCUGCUGACCAACUACAUGGGCACCAGCUACAUGGUCGCCGUGCUCAUCUCCAUCUUCGCGGACGUCUUCGUCGGCAGAUACAUGACCGUGAUCCUGUCAUCUCUGGUCGAGCUCGUGGGGCUCGUGCUGCUGAUGCUGCAGGCGCGCUCCGACCGGCUGAAGCCGCCCUCUUGCAAGUACCCCGUGGACCCGACGUGCCAGCGGGUGCACGGCGGCAACGAGGUGCACCUCUACCUGGCGCUGUACCUCAUCGCGAUCGGCUCCGCGGGCAUCAAGGCAGCCCUGCCGGCGCACUGCGCCGACCAGUUCGACGAGAAGCACCCCGUGGAGAAGCUGCAGAUGUCCAGCUGCUUCAACUGGCUGCUGCUUAGCCUCUGCACCGGCGGCGCCAUCAGCGUCACCGUGUUCGUGUAUAUCCAGCAAUUCAAGGGCUGGGACAAGGGGUUCGCCGCCGCCGCGGGCGCGAUGGGCCUCGCCGUCGUCGUCUUCAUCGGCGGCAUGCCGAGGUACCGCUUCGCCACCGUGCAGGGCAGCAGUGCGCUGACGGAGAUCUUCCAGGUGUACGUCGCUGCAUUCAGGAACAGAAACCUGCCGCUCCCCGAGAACCCCGACGAUCUGUACGAGAUCAGCAGGAGCAAAGCUUCCCCGGACACGGAGUUUGUAGCGCACAGGGCCAAGCCGUUCAGGUUCCUGGACAGGGCGGCCAUCGUUCAGACACCCAAGGAGGAUGGCGCGCCGAACCCGUGGCGGCAGUGCCGGGUGACGCAGGUGGAGCACGGCAAGACGGUGCUGGCCAUGGUGCCCAUCUUCUGCAGCGCCAUCAUCAUGGGCACCUGCCUGGCGCAGCUGCAGACCUUCUCCAUCGCGCAGGGCAGCACCAUGGACAACCGGCUCGGCAAGCACUUCCAGAUGCCGGUGGCCUCGCUGCCCAUCAUCCCGCUCGCCAUGCUCAUCUUCGCCGUGCCCAUCUACGAGCAGCUCUUCGUGCCCUUCGCGCGCCGCCUGACGGGCCUCCCCACCGGCAUCACAUACCUCCAGCGCGUGGGCGUCGGCCUCGUGCUCUCCAUCGUGUCCAUGGCCAUCGCGGCCGGCGUGGAGGUGCGGCGCAAGAAGGUGGUCGCGAGGCACGGCAUGGUGGACAUGAUCCCCGGGCUCGACUACCUCCCCAUGUCCUGCUUCUGGCUGGCGCCGCAGUUCGCCGUGUUCGGCGUCGCCGACAUGUUCACCUACGUGGGGCUCAUGGAGUUCUUCUACUCGCAGGCGCCCCGGGCGCUCAAGUCCAUGUCGUCGUCCUUCCUGUGGUGCUCCCUGUCCUUCGGCUACUUCAUGAGCACCAUCAUCGUGCAGGCCGUCAACGCGGCCACCCGCGGCGCCAGCGGCGGGUGGCUCGCGAGCAAGAACAUCAACCGCGACCGCCUCGACCUCUUCUUCUGGCUGCUCGCCGUGCUCAGCACCCUCAACUUCUUCAACUACCUCUUCUGGGCAACUUGGUACAAGUACAAGCCCGCGGUCCCGCCACAACCCGAGGAGGAGCAGCAGCUGCAAGUGUGAUGCGUCGUGUCACGUCUCCAAUCCAUUUUCACACAUGCACACAUCUACUUGAUAGGCCUGAUUUGAUGAUCCCAUCCAUGAACUGGGAACCAUAGUUACACGCAUGCAUGCUACUCAUGAGUUCCAAGCUAGCUAGAUGGUUUGGCCUUAUUACAAUUUACACACUGCUCGACUGCUCGGUCGAACAGUCA